AUGUAUAGAUCAGUAUGUAAGAAGGGGGUGUCCCUCUCCAAGUCUGGAUCAGGAUCAGGAUCAGGAUCUAGGUCUGGGUCUGGGUCUGGGUCUACCAUCUCCCGAGUGGUUUGUGAUUGGGAUGAGACCAUUACUGCCGAGGAUACAAUUAAACUUGUUGCCCAAGCCGCAUACAAACGGAAACCAGACUUUACUCCUUUAUUCGCGCAUUUCACAGAUGUGUAUCUUCGUGCCUACAACAAGUUUGAGAAGAGUUACACCUUCAACGAAGAAUCGACUUCGUAUUGUGCCGCUGGUGUUGCAUCUGCAAUGCCAAUGACAACAAUAGAAAGCGCGGACGCAUGGACCGCAAUAAAGCAAGAGAUCUCUUACCAACAAGAACUCAAACAAGUUGAACUAACAUCCAUCAAUGAGAUUGUAGAUAGGAAACUAUUCACUCAAGUGUCUAUUAAAGAUUUUGAACAACAAGCAUCAAAGGUUGUAAUUAGACCAGGAUUUUGGGACUUUCUUAAGGAAUGUAGACGGCUGCACAUUCCCGUGACCGUUCUCAGUGUGAAUUGGACUCUGCACAUAAUACGAGCAGUGCUCGAAAUGCACGGCCAUUCAGUAGAUGGUGUAAAUCUUCUGAUUAUUGUUAAUGAGUUUAAGUUUGAUACGAAUCACGUGUGCACGGGAGAGUUUGAUCUGAAUCUACCAUCUCUUAGAACUGGAUUUGACAAGUUAAAAAUUAUACAACAACAAUUUCAACUUGGUAAAGAUGUCUUGUAUAUCGGAGAUAGCCGAACCGAUCUCUUGGCAAUGAUUCAAUGUGAUUUUGGAAUCAUUAUUAAGGGAGGAUCUGCUAGUAUUAAAGCCAAGAAAUUGGGGAUCCCAAUACUUGAAUUGUCUGUAGUUAAUCCAUGCGAUCCUAAACUUUUGGAUAGUAAAGUUCUUUAUGAAACUGAUUCAUGGAUAGAAGUCUUAAAUUAUAUAAACAAGAGAUAA